GAUAAUCAAAUCUUGAAUUCUUGAUAAAGACACAACUAUUCUCUCCUUUCUCCGUUGUCUCUAAAGUCCACCACUUUAUAUAGCGUGAACCCCAGAGAUCAGAAUAGAACUAGAAGCAUCAGAUCAUAUCCUCAAGACGACAUCAUCCAUCCGCAUUAAAACUCAUAUUCGUCUCCGCCGUUUCAACCUCACUUUUUCAUUCAAUCCAAAUGGCCUUUUCACUCCCAUCAUCACAGCCACAGCUAUCACCACCGCAGCCACCGCCACCACAACCACUACUACCAGAACCAACCAUCACCAUCACCACCACCAUCACCCCCACCCCCACCCCACUGAAUCAAGAAGCACAAGAAGACAAAACCGAAUUCAUGCACAAAAGCACAAACAACAGACGUUACAUACAGCUGCUAGCCAUCAACUACUUCUGUCUCUUUGUUGGCUCCGUUUCAUCAGCACUCCUCUCCAAAUUCUACUUCAACCACAAGGGCGGAAGCCGGUGGGUUUCCACAUGGGUGCAGUCCGCCGGCUUUCCGCUGCUCCUCCUCCCCAUUUACCUCCCCUAUUACCUCUUCAAAUGCACGGACAGACGGCCCUUUUCCCGGUUCACGCCGAAACUUUUGUCACUGUCCGUAAUCAUUGGAUUUCUGUUGGGCAUCAACAACUUACUUUUCUCGUGGGGAAAUUCAUAUCUACCCGUCUCAACCUCUUCCUUGCUUCUCUCCUCCCAGCUUGCCUUCACUCUCAUUCUCGCCGUAAUCAUCGUAAAACAGAAGAUCACCUUCUGUAACCUUAACUGCGUCGUCCUUUUAACUCUGAGUUCAGUUCUGUUAGCCCUCGGAUCAAAGCAUGACAAAGCACAAGGUUUAACCAAAGCAAAAUAUUUCAUAGGGUUCUUUUCAACCAUCGGGGCCGGGCUAUUAUUCGCUCUUUAUUUACCAGUAAUGGAGAAAAUUUAUCGACAAGUUUACUGCUACGCUAUGGUGAUGGAAAUGCAAAUGAUUAUGGAAAUCGCGGCGACGGCUCUGGCAACGAUAGGGAUGGCGGCUGAUGGGGGAUUUUCCGAAAUGAAAAAUGAGAGUUUUAAGGUUUUUGAUCUGGGGCCGAGAGCUUACUGGCUGACGGUGUCUUUUAACAUUGUAACGUGGCAGUUGUGUUUCAUGGGGACGGCGGGGAUGGUGUUCUUGACAACGUCGUUGACAGGGGGGAUUUGCAUGACGGCCCUUUUGUCCAUGAAUGUUUUGGGGGGUGUUUUGGUGUACCGGGAUCAGUUUAGUGGGAUGAAAGCUGUGUCUACAUUGCUGUGUGUUUGGGCGUUUUCAUCCUAUGUGUACGGGAUGUAUAUGAAGAUGGAGGAAGAGAAGGAAAGGGUGAGAGAGAAUGAGAAGAUUUGUGGUCAUCAUCAUCAUCGUCAUCAUCAUGAUCAUAAUGAUGAUAAUCAUCAUCAAGGGUUCUUGGAGAUGGCUGAGAUUGUUUCACAGGGCGGCUGAUGGGAAUCAUGGGAUGAUGAGUAGUAAUGAUUUUCUUGUAGCUAGGCAGCGUUGUAUUGAAGGCUCUAGACUUAAGUGCAUGUAAUUAUCAUGGAGAAAAAUGUUAGUGGUAAAUGACAGUACCAUUAAUUACUCAAGCCUAGAAGAACAACUAUUGUAUCUAGUCUUUGCAGUUUGAGACGUGGUACAAUUAUUAUCCUUUGAUCAGUAAAUGUUGCAAUUAGUAGAUUAUUGCUAUUUA